AUGGCGGUUCGGACGAUCGAUCUGUCAUGCCGCACGAGAUGCCUGAAGAAGGCAUCGCAAAUAGACAGCUCAUUGACAAAUCGCAACCUACUACAUUAUCUUGUUGUCAUUAUCACCAUCAUCGUCAUCGUCACUGCAUCUUCAUCGUUGCUCACUUCGCCAUCAUUAUCAUCACUUCGACAUCGCCCGCACAUCGACAUCUACAUCCGUGAUGAUGGAAUGCCAUUUCGUUGCCUGUCGUACACAACACCGGUCUGCGAAUGCCCCUUUUGCCUCGAUGCCAUGACGUUGAAACAGAAAAAUGUUUGUUGGCGGUCUGAACUGGGACACCACCGAAGGUAA